AUGGUGUCCAAGCUCACGUCGCUCCAGCAAGAACUCCUGAGCGCCCUGCUGAGCUCCGGGGUCACCAAGGAGGUGCUGGUCCAGGCCUUAGAGGAGUUGCUGCCAUCCCCGAGUUUCGGGGUGAAGCUGGAGACGCUGCCCCUGUCCCCCGGGAGUGGGGCCGACCCGGACACCAAGCCUGUCUUCCAUACUCUCACGAACGGCCACGCCAAGGGCCGCCUGUCUGGGGACGAGGGUUCCGAGGACGGGGACGACUAUGACACCCCUCCCAUCCUCAAGGAGCUGCAGGCGCUCAACACCGAGGAGGCGGCCGAGCAACGGGCGGAGGUGGACCGGAUGCUCAGUGAGGACCCCUGGAGGGCUGCCAAAAUGAUCAAGGGCUACAUGCAGCAACACAACAUCCCCCAGAGGGAAGUGGUCGACGUCACAGGUCUGAACCAGUCACACCUCUCUCAGCAUCUCAACAAGGGCACCCCCAUGAAGACCCAGAAGCGAGCAGCCCUCUACACCUGGUACGUCCGAAAGCAACGGGAGAUCCUCCGACAAUUCAACCAGACAGUCCAGAGUUCUGGAAAUAUGACAGACAAAAGCAGUCAGGAUCAGCUGCUGUUUCUCUUUCCAGAGUUCAGUCAACAGAGCCAGGGGCCUGGGCAGUCCGAUGACGCCUGCUCUGAGCCCCCCAACAAGAAGAUGCGUCGCAACCGGUUCAAAUGGGGGCCCGCAUCCCAGCAAAUCUUGUACCAGGCCUACGACCGGCAAAAGAACCCCAGCAAGGAAGAGAGGGAAGCAUUAGUGGAGGAGUGCAACAGGGCAGAAUGUUUGCAGCGAGGCGUCUCCCCCUCCAAAGCCCACGGCCUGGGCUCCAACCUGGUCACUGAGGUCCGUGUCUACAACUGGUUUGCAAACCGCAGGAAGGAGGAGGCGUUCCGGCAGAAGCUGGCCAUGGAUGCCUACAGCUCCAACCAGACGCACAACCUGAACCCCCUGCUCUCCCAUGGCUCUCCCCACCACCAGCCCAGCACCUCUCCUCCAAAUAAGCUGUCAGGAGUCCGCUACAGCCAGCAGGGAAACAAUGAGGUCACUUCCUCCUCAACAAUCAGUCACCAUGGCAACAAUGCCAUGGUGACCAGCCAGUCUGUUUUACAGCAAGUCUCUCCAGCCAGUCUGGACCCUGGCCACAAUCUCCUCUCACCUGAUGGUAAAAUGAUCUCAGUCUCAGGAGGUGGUCUGCCCCCCGUCAGCACCUUGACGAAUAUCCACAGCCUGUCCCACCAUAAUCCCCAGCAAUCUCAAAACCUCAUCAUGACCCCCCUCUCUGGAGUCAUGGCCAUUGCACAAAGCCUCAACACCUCCCAAGCACAGAGCGUCCCUGUCAUCAACAGUGUGGCUGGCAGCCUGGCCGCCCUGCAGCCUGUCCAGUUCUCCCAGCAGCUACACAGCCCUCACCAGCAGCCCCUCAUGCAGCAAAGCCCCGGCAGCCACAUGACUCAGCAGCCCUUCAUGGCGGCCGUGACUCAGCUACAGAACUCCCACAUGUACACACACAAGCAAGAACCCCCCCAGUAUUCGCACACAUCCCGGUUUCCGUCUGCGAUGGUGGUCACGGAUACAAGCAGCAUCAGUACGCUUACCAACAUGUCUUCCAGUAAACAGUGCCCUCUCCAAGCCUGGUGA